AUGGCCACUGCUACAGCAAGUGCGCCGAGGAUCCCAGCCGCCGACCCCUCGGACUCGUCAAUGGGCGUGAGGACCAUUCCCAUUAUCACCACUCCAACCAUCCAAAUGUCGACCCCAUCCCCGGGAGAGCCCAUGGACAUCACAACUCCGACGGGCUCUUCCGCCCCGGCCUCGGCCACCAAGAGCCCAGAACGCGACGUCAAGCCCAAUGGGGCCUCCAACGACCGCUUACAGCCGCCCCCGGCGCCACACGAGCAGCAACAAUCCCAAGACAGCAGCACCAUGCCGGCCCCAUCGUCGACUUCGACGUCAGCCUCAGCAUCGGCCCCGACUGUCCACCAGCCCAAGGUCCAGACGGCCUUCAUCCACAAGCUUUGGAGCAUGCUGGAAGACCAAAAGAUCCAACACCUGAUCUCGUGGACAGCAAACUCGGACAGCUUCGUGAUCCAGCCGUCGCAUGAGUUCUCCAAGGUGCUAGCGCAAUAUUUCAAACAUACCAACAUCUCCUCGUUCGUGCGCCAGCUCAACAUGUAUGGGUUUCACAAAGUGAGCGAUGUCUUCGCCCACGGGACACCCGACUCGACAAUGUGGGAGUUCAAGCACGGGAACGGCAACUUCAAGCGGGGCGAUAUGAUCGGCCUGCGUGAGAUCCGCCGUCGGGCUUCGCGCCACGCGCUAGUGCACCGAGAAUACAACGGCCAGCGGCCACCCCCGUCACAGCCCGGGACGCCCGCGGAGCCUGUGGCCCCGGUCCACGAUACGGCCUCCAACCCACGGCUCAGCAAUAUCGAGCACACGCUCUACGACCUGAGCACCCGCCUACAGCGCCACGAGGAGAAUGCCCAGUUUAUGCAGGUCAAGCACCAAGCGAUCCUGGACACGGUCGCCCGCCUGCUACAAUUCAACCAGGACCUGUCACGCGCGGUCUUGGCCCUGACGCCAGGCGUGGACAACCCAAUCCAUCGGGAUGUCUCGGUACUACAGUCCGAGGUGCAGCGGCAGAUGGACAUGUUCCGCUCGCUAGAGGAACACCACGAACCCGUCUUCCCGAGCUCCCGCUCCUACUUCGCCAACGUCGAGAACGCGCCGGUGUCUCCUCGGCAGAUGCCCCAAGAUGACCCCCGCCGAUCGAACCUGGCCGUCCCCCAGUCGCGCCAGUCCAACUAUUACCGCCCUUCGGUACCCUCGAACCUAUCCAUUAGUACUCGUCGCCCAUAUGGCUCAAUAGGCGGCAACCCUUCGCAGACCUCGCCGUCCUCGAUUCGUGUCCAACCCCCGCCUCCUCCACCCCCCGGACCGCACCCCCUGGCAAACGUCGAGCUACCCCCGAGCAGCCUUGCCCGGCGGCACACCUCAGCCGACAUCCGGGCCCACGGCUGGCAGACUAACAACCCACCGCCGUUCCCCCCCGGCCCGUCCUCGUCGUCCCAGUGGCCCCCAUCGCCUAGCCGGCUCGCGCCCGGAGGUGAAGACCAUCGUGGCCGCGACUCCUUCUCUCAUUACUCCCUCCAGCCACCAUCCCAGCCGCAUUCGCGCCCCACGACACCCCCGCUACCGCAUCUAUCCAACGGCGGCCCGCCCCCAGCCGUCGACACGUUUGGGAGCUGGUCGUGGAACUCGGCCAACCGCGGCAACAGCAACAACAACAGUAGCAACAACCUGAUGGUUAAGGACCACUCGGCACCUCCCACACGCCGCGGAAGCAUGGCACACAUCCUGAACCCCACCGAUACGGCCGAGCGCGCGGACGAGGACGGGCUCGACCCGCGCGGGGACGACGACCGCAAGCGCAAGAGGCUGCAGUAG